AAAAGCUCAGGGUAAAGAUGGGGAAACACUUUCAUCUGUAUGAGAACAUCUCCAAAGUGGACCCCUUUGAGGGGUCCCAGCAUUACCUGGCCCCAUCGUGGGCAUUUCACCUGCAGGCCCUCUUCAUGGGUUUCGUCUUCUUCACAGGGACGCCGUUAAACUUUUCGGUCCUCCUGGCCACAGCUAAGUACAAGAAGCUCAGAGCUCCUCUAAACUACAUCCUGGUCAACAUCUCCUUAGGUGGCUUCAUCUUCGUUACCUUCUCCGUCAGCCAGGUGUUCCUCGCCAGCGUGAGGGGCUACUACUUCCUGGGUUACACCUUGUGUGCGCUGGAAGCUGCCAUGGGCUCCGUAGCAGGUCUGGUGACAUCCUGGUCGCUUGCUAUGCUUUCCUUCGAGAGAUACCUGGUGAUCUGUAAACCAUUUGGAGCCUUCAAGUUUGGCAGCUCUCACGCUGCCGCUGCUGUGGCCUUCACCUGGUUCAUGGGGGUGGGUUGUUCCAGCCCACCUUUCUUUGGCUGGAGCAGGUUCAUCCCUGAAGGGCUGGGUUGCUCCUGCGGGCCUGACUGGUACACCAACAACGAGGAGUUAGGAACCACCAGCUACAUGUACUUCCUGCUGAUCACCUGCUUCUGCAUACCUCUGUCCAUCAUCAUCUUCUCCUACUCCCAGUUGCUGGGAGCUCUGAGAGCUGUUGCAGCCCAGCAAGCAGAGUCUGCAUCCACCCAGAAGGCAGAGAAAGAGGUAUCAAGGAUGAUCAUUGUGAUGGUGGGCUCCUUCGUCACCUGCUACGCACCGUACGCACUGACAGGUCUUUGGUUUGCCAACUCUACAGCUGUGGACAAAGACUAUCGGCUUGUCACCAUCCCGGCAUUCUUCUCCAAGAGCUCCUGCGUCUACAACCCUCUCAUCUACAUCUACAUGAAUAAACAGUUUAAUGCCUGCAUCAUGGAAAUGGUGUUUGGAAAGAAAAUGGAGGAAGCUUCUGAAGUGUCUGCAAAGACUGAGGUGUCCACAGCUUCGUAAUGUUUGGAGCAAACCUCAGAAGGACGUGACUUCCCCAAAGGACUUUUACAUAUCUGACUUCAAAUGAUCUACAGAAAACGCCACCAUGUAAAUAAAGUUUAUAUAUAAGACACCAGAUGAUAUUUUAUUGUAGAUUGCAUUAGUUUAGAUAAAAGCAACAAAAAUCUAAUAAAAAUGUAUUCAAUUUA